AGCUAAUACAGAAGCAUAGCGGACGUAAUGACGUAGUGUGUUUGUGCAGUCGGUAUAUCCAUCACGAGCGGAUUGUCAUAGAGGAGCGCCUAACAGUUGUUCCCGACUGUGGUCAAUAUGGGGAUUCGCGUGACAGCACUGGGAUUUCUUUGUCUGGCGUGUUUCUGCUCUGGAUGGGGAGGAAACGGACAAUGGGGAAGAGGCAGAGGACGAGGAUAUGGCAACUUAAAUGGAAGGUCGUCUAGUGGUUUCAAUGGUCAGCAGAUGCCAAUGCAAGAAUACUUGCCCUCACAGCAGCAACGUUUCGUUCCGCAAAACUUCCAACAGGUGGGACAGCCUAUCGGGCAAGUUGGACAGAAUUACCAAGGCCGAGGAGUCGGUUUGCAACAGGGGCAAUCACAGCAGGGGGGUCUCUACGGCAGAGGUGGUAGCAGUUUCGGUCAGACUGCCUACAAUAAUCAGGGUGAUUUUAGAGUUUUGGGGAACCAGGGUCAGAUAAGACAGGGCGGCGGUUACCAGGGUCAGACAGGACAGGGCGGCGGUUACCAGGGUCAGAUAGGACAGGGCGGCGGUUACCAGGGUCAGACAGGACAGGGCGGCGGUUACCAGGGUCAGAUANGACAGGGCGGCGGUUACCAGGGUCAGACAGGACAGGGCGGCGGUUACCAGGGUCAGAUAGGACAGGGCGGCGGUUACCAGGGUCAGACAGGACAGGGCGGCGGUUACCAGGGUCAGAUAGGACAGGGCGGCGGUUACCAGGGUCAGACAGGACAGGGCGGCGGUUACCAGGGUCAGAUAGGACAGGGCGGCGGUUACCAGGGUCAGAUAGGACAGGGCGGUGAUUACCAGGUUGGUGUUAAUGCCGGAAACCAGCAGCUGGCCAACAACGUUCAGGAUUACAAUGGUCCCAGUAUUACAUAUGGAGUCCAACCUGGAGGCCUUGAUGCUUCCAUACCCGCAGCAUCCUAUAACGGUCCCGCGAUUUCAUUUGGAUCUGGCGGCCUGGGAAACGCACAGAACGCGGGUCUCUCGCCUCAGCCAGAUUCAUACCAGCAACUCGGCCAAGUCAAUUCAGGCGCGAGUAAUCUCGGACAGGGCCAAUAUCUCAGUGGCAGUGAAUCCACGCCGCAGGUCUACGGUGGCAUGAGCAGUUUCGGAGCCGGAAGGGCCGUCUCAGCGUUCGACAGGGUGACCGGCGGACAAGACGAGGGUUACAUCAGAAUGCAUCAUCGGUUCGGUCCGAUAGAUAUGAAUAAGGAACGGGGCGGUCUGCUGCCUUACGGACACACGCAGGAGGCGUCCGCCGGAACAGCGGGAGAACAAAAGCGUUCAUUCAUCGUGUUCCCGACGAGUUCGAAGGAGAGCAUAGGUCUGCAUGAAAUCACUGAUAACGGAGGACGGCAAGAUGGAGGCCAGGCAAGGCUGGCCACUCUUGGACAGUCGGGUAACAACUUUGGUCAGACUGAUAGCAGCUACGGUCAGGCAGGCAGCAUCGCUGGACAGACAGGCAGCGGCUUUGGACAAGCAGGCAGCGGCUUUGGACAGACAGGCAGCGGCUUUGGACAGGCAGGCAGCGGCUUUGGACAGACAGGCAGCACCUUUGGACAGACUGAUAGCAACUAUGGUCAGACAGGCAGCGGCGCUGGACAAACAGGCAGUGGCUUUGGACAGACAGGCAGCGGCGUUGGACAGACAGGCAGCACAUUUGGGCAUACAGGCAGCGGCGUUAGACAGACAGGCAGCACAUUUGGACAGACAGGCAGCAGCUUUGGACAGACUGAUAACAACUAUGGUCAGACAGGCAGCGGCGCUGGACAGACAGGCAGCGGCUUUGGACAGGCAGGCAGCGGCUUUGGACAGACAGGCAGCGGCGCUGGACAGACAGGCAGCGGCUUUGGUCAGACAGGCAGCGGCUUUGGUCAAACAGGCAGCGGCUUUGGUCAAACAGGCAGCGGCUUUGGUCAAACAGGCAGCGGCUUUGGUCAAACAGGCAGCGGCUUUGGUCAAACAGGUGGCAACUACGGUCAGACUGGCAAUGCUAUAACGGUUCAAGCUAAUCUGGGCAAUUCUGGCGAGUCGUUGGCCGGCGGUGAGCCAGGCCGCGGCACGGUAGGCAUCCCCGUCUACCCCGCCGGCGGCAUCGGGGCAAACACGGGCGACGAUGCUCGGCUGAGCAUCGGUAGUCCAGAUGACGGCCAGCAGGUCGAGGUUGUUCCAGGCUUCACUAGGCCCAGGCCGCCGCCAACGACGACACCCCCGUCGCGCAACUUCCAGCUGUUCAAUCCGUUCACCUCGGCCACGCGGGGUCCCCGUCCCGAUCGUGGUCAGUCCGGCCGUGGUCAGUCCGGCCGUGGUCAGUCCGGCCGUGGUCAGUCCGGCCGCGGGCAGUCCGGCCAAGGUCAGUCCGGCCGCGGGCAGUCCGGCCGUGGUCAGUCCGGCAGUGGUCAGUCCGGCCGUGGUCAGUCCGGCAGUGGUCAGUCCGGCCGCGGGCAGGGCUCGGGGACGGACGAUUCGCAGCUGGUGUCCGUCGGUUUGGUGCCGAAGACACCGGAUGCCGAUGGCGGAAGGGGAACCAUUUUCAUCAACGGCGUCGAGAGACCCCCUGCGAGCGGAUUAGCUGCCCUGGUCAUUGGCGGCGAUGCAGAAUUCAAGGUGGAGAGCAGCGCCGAAGGAAAGCAAACUAUAACCGACGCCGUUGUCACGUGCGACCGUGAAAGCAACACCAUCACCGCCACCGUGACACUAUCAAAGAACUUUGACGGACUCGUGUACGCCAAGGGCAACUUUAAGGUCGACCAGUGCAGGAUUAGGGGUAACAACGGCCGCCAAGUGACGAUAUCGUUGCCGCUUGACGGUUGCGGCACAACCAUUAAGAAUGGCGUAGACGAAUACGGUGGAACCGUGUCGUACAAGAACUCGAUCGUGGUGAUGAAUGAGGCCGAGCUAGGAGUGAUAGAGGAGUGGGACAAGGCGAUCGCGCUGGCUUGCGACUUCGCCGGAGCAGUCGAGCAAACCGUCCGCUACGGAUUUGGUGUACCGAUGCUUCAGCUGCAGGAAGUGACGUCAGAGAUGGGCGUACCCACGUGCUUCAUGAGCGUGAUCGAGGGAGAAUCGCCCAUCGGUACAGACGCCAGCGAGUUGAGAAUAGGCGCGCUGGCGACGCUCGUCGUUACUCUCAUGGAUAGCGAGCAUUUCGACGUGUCUGUCUUUGAUUGCUUCGCUCACGACGGAAUGGGAAUGAACCGCAUUCAGCUCAUCGACGAGAACGGAUGCUCAGCUAAUCGAAAGAUUAUAGGGCAGCAGGAGAAGAGAACAGACAUUAUCGAUGACAGGACAAUGGCAUUCGCCAGGUUUAAGGCAUUCAAGUUCCCUGACAUCGAGAACGUAUACUAUGAGUGCCAAUGCAGAAUAUGCUUCGACCAAUGUCACCCUCAAACAUGUGGAUCGAGGAAGAAGAGAGAGGCGCCGGAGUCCAAGAUGGAGGAGCGAGCGGCCGAAGAGCGAAUUUUCAACGGCGUUGUUAUCGUAAUGCCGGAAGAAGAUGUGACGUAUGCCGAACCAGAGAAGACGCGUGAUAGCUCGGAGCUAUCAGCAAGUAGUAUGUGCCUCAACAAGACGGACUUCGCCAUCGGCACGACGUUCCUGGGUGCGAUCCUAUUCGGCGUGGGAUGCGCCGCCAUUGUUCUACUGUACAGGCGCCGGCUCUAGCGGUUAACUUCGUCACAACAUCCUUCGCAACGUCUUUAAUCGCUUCUCAUACGCAGAUACGCGUCUCGUUUCAAGAUAUCAUCUUAUGCUUUAUCGCCUCUCAUAUGCACAUAUGUACAUGGCUCAUUUGAAGACAUUGCUACUCGCUUUUUGCGUUCAAAGCAAUGUCUCAUUUGAAGACACUGCUACUCGCUUUUUGCGUCCAAGGUAAUGUCUCAUUUGAAGACAAUGCUACUCGCUUUUUGCGUUCAAAGUAAUGUCUCAUUUGAAUACACUGCCAUUCACCUUUUGCGUUCAAAGUAAUGUCUCAUUUGAAUACACUGCCACUCAUCUUUUGCGUUCUAAGUAAUGUCUCAUUUGAAGACAAUGCUAUUUUCUUUCUCGCGUCUCACGUGAAGAUGUCUCAAUCGAAUAUAUCAGCAUUCGUAUUUUAUCAUAAGCUCAUUGUAAUUAUCCCCCAGUAGUCGUCUCGUGUGUGCGUACGCUAGCGUGAAUGUACACGUGAUACACGCGUGCACUCGUAAUCACUGUAUAUAACGUGUUAACAUAACUUCAUUCCUUUGGCGAUACCUUGUGAUAAUCAUGUUCUAGACACUUGCGAUGGGAUCAUAAAUAUAUAAAGCUAAUGAUAUGGAUUAACUACUUCUGCAACGACCAAUGAAAUACACCCGUAUUACGCGUUGCAAGUGUUACCUCUCAGUGUUCACUAUAUUUUCCUCGGUUUCUCAUAUGACCUCCAAGUGCUUCACAUAGCUCCAAAGCUUCACGUAUAUUGAAGAAAACCAUAUAAAAUUAUGUAAUAAAUUUGUAUAUCCGUCAGUGCCAAAGUCUAAUAGUAACAGCUGUACCAAUAUGUAAAAAAUCACCGGCCAUGUAUAUCAACCCAUUGCAAUAAUCAAGGAAUCGAAUGCGCACAAUAUAGUGUCUAUUGACAAUAAUAAACUUUUUUGUUUGUGUUUACAAUUAAGUCACGUUAUAUCGUUUGGUGAUUAAAAAACCAAUUUUUUGUGAUUA